CAGGAAUAAAGCGGGUAUGGCGCCAAACAUCACCAGCUCUCCAACGGGAGUUUUGUUCGAGGGUGAGACGUUAGAGGACACCCCGGUGGUGGCAGAACCAGUCAAACAAAAAUAUGUAAGACGUAUUGUCUGGAGAAAUGUCAUAAUCUUCAGUUACCUUCAUCUGGCAGCUGUGUAUGGACUAUACCUAGUGUUUACGUCGGCCAAAUUUGCAACGACCUUGUUCGCACUCGUGCUCUACUUUGUAUGUGGCUUUGGAAUCACAGCUGGUGCUCACAGAUUAUGGGCCCACAAAUCGUACAAGGCAAAAUGGCCGCUCCAGUUGUUCCUCAUGAUCUGCAACACCAUGGCUUUCCAGGAUGCAGCGAUCGACUGGGCAAGAGAUCACAGGCUCCACCACAAAUACAGCGAGACGAACGCAGAUCCCCAUAACGCGAAGAGAGGUUUCUUCUUUGCGCAUGUGGGCUGGCUACUCUGCAGAAAACACCCUGACAUCUCAGAAAAGGGCAAGGGAAUCGACCUCAGUGACCUGAGGAAUAAUCGCAUUCUUGCUUUCCAAAAGAAGUACUACAAAUACCUCAUGCCCUUAAUGUGCUUCAUCAUGCCGACUGUCGUGCCUGUUGUGGGCUGGAACGAGACCUGGUCAAAUGCUUACUAUAUAGCGGCAAUAUUCCGAUACGUGUUUGGUUUGAACACGGCAUGGUUGGUCAACUCCGCUGCUCAUCUCUAUGGAUUUAAGCCAUACGACAAGUUCAUCAAUCCUGUUGAGAACAGAGGGGUGGCCAUCGUCACCUUCGGCGAGGGUUGGCACAACUAUCACCACGUGUUCCCUUGGGAUUACAAAACGGCAGAGUUGGGCAACUACAGAUACAGUCCUACAACAGCCUUCAUCGACCUAUGUGCGAAGCUCGGCCUCGCGUACGACUUGAAGACUGUUCCCGACGACGUGGUGAGAAAACGAGUGGAGAGAACCGGUGACGGUUCCCACGAAGUGUGGGGCUGGGGUGACAAGGAUCAAUCACAGGACGACAAGGAUCAGACGGUGAUAAUACAUGAAUCUUUGUACAUGCCGGCGGAAUCGGUUUCUAAGCGGGAACACUGUUGUUAUUCAGGGAACAACAUUUGAUCAUUUGGCAGGUUCUAAACGUACUAUAUUUGAUCCCUGUGUAAACGAGUGAAACAAUCCCACGAUCAGUCAUCGUUUCGCAAAAGGAGAGCUUUUAUGGCACUAAUGAAAAUUGAUACUUCGUUUAGAAAUGUCAUCGUCUAACUUAUUCGCCCGUUUCGUUCAACAAAAAACAAACGAGUAAUUUCAGAAAUUUUGAGAAGUCCGGCAAAGUCUCUACUCGUUUCAUCUCCUCUACCCUCCUAAACCGACCAACGAUCUUUCCACCUUCGAGAAUGGUUUCUUUCUCCGCUUGUUGCACGCGAAACGCGUCGAUCGUAUGAUCGUUGCACAAUUUCGUCAAAGGACGAGGUUACAACCGGAAACGCGGGGCGUUUCCGAUAUUUCAAAGGGCGCGAUGCCUUCGGGUUUAAAGUAGACCUGAGUUACGAACGUGGCGACGUAUUUUCACGAACUCGUUUCGCACGUCCUUUCUCGAUGGAUGUAUAGAUAACAGAUGUAUAAAUUAUUCUAUGUGUAAUACCGUAUACAAAAAUACGCACACGUGUACAAGCAUAUAUACUCGUUUUCCUAUGAAGCGUAACUGGUAAGCGAAGAAAAUUGUCACGAUUAGCUCUAUGGAAAGAGAGAAGUGUGCUGUUACCAGGUUUUCAAAGACAAAUAUAUGAUGUUUUGUUACCAAAAAU